CGAAAACGACCCACGCUCGAUUGCAAUGAAUUUUUGUAGAAACACUAUAAAUGAUGUCAAAUAAAUGUCCUUAAAGGAUUUUUACCGACUUUUGCUAAAAACAUUUAAAUAAGGGGGGCGGAAUCCACUGUGUCCGCGUAUACAUUUUUCCACGCGAAGCGAAGUUCCACAUAGGUUUAUAACUUUCCACGCGAAGCGAGGUGCAUCUUGAACCUAUGCGUCUAGAUUUUUGAUAGUGGAGCCCUCUGCAAGGAGACGAAACCUACUGCGUCCACGCAUACGUAUAUACUUUUUCACACGAAGCAAGUCUCACAUACGUUAUCAAGAUCAUCACUCUUAGUAAUGUUGUGAAGGUUUAGUUGGCGGUCAUUGUUUAUUAAAAAGAUAUAAACAAAAUAAGUUCAUUAAUACCGAUAUUUAUCGAAAGAAAAGUUAAUUGUUGCAUAAUUUUACAUAGAUUUGUAACUUUCUAUGCGAAGUGAAGUGUAUCCCGCAUUACAAACACGGGUUGGAUUUGAUUAUAUUAUCUUCUAAAAGUGAAGCCCCCCGUAAGGGGAUGGAACAUACUAUACCUAUGCAUGUACUUCCUAAGAUGAAGCAAAAUGUAUUCUUAAUGAAGGUCAAGAUUAAAAGUGAACUUUGCUUCAUCUUGGAAAGUACAUGCGUGGACAGUGUGUUCCACCCUUCCUGCGGGAGGUUCCACUUUCAGAAAAUAUAAUUUAAUCCAAUCCAUGUUUGUGAUGCGGGAUAUACUUCACUUUGCAUAAGACGCGUUUUCGUUUCGUUACCACGAGCGACCAGAAGCAAACAAGACCGUUUUCGUUUCUGGUUGUGACGUCAUCGAUGCAAUCACGUGAGCCGUGGUAGCUGCUACCGCGCUGCCAUGGUCUCGAGGAUGAUAAUGCGGUUGUGAUAGGUUGUUUGGCGCGAAGUGCGAAAAGAGAAUGCUUGUAAACAAGUUGUCGAAAAGCAAAAAUGAAUAACGUAACCGUACUCACCUUGAACAAACACCUCCUCCUAGUGCGUGCUGAUGGUGGCGUGCAUUCUGUUGAUGGCCAAAUGUUCUUCCAUCAUGUUUCAAGUAAGUAUACCUGCAUUGUGAGUUCUGUAAGGAUUAUGUUAAUCAAUUAAAUUUAUCUUUCGAAACAUAUCUACGUUUUUGUGUCAUAGUCAAUGUUUCGAAAUGGAAUCUUAGCUGAGAGCUAAUUCUAUUAAUAUAAUAGGUCCAAUUUUGUUUUAAUUAGACGUUUUAAUCUUUUUUAGACUGAAAUACUGGUACUUCUUGAAUCUAUUUAAUGCAUCUUUGUGAUCUGUUUCUAUUUUUUUUCUCAGGUGGAUCAUUUAUCUCUCUUCCUGUAGAUGAUCAUAUAAUUCAAAAAUUUAAGUCUGCUAAUUCCUGUGAGUUUUUUACGAUGACAGAGGACGAUGGGAGAGGACUCCAAUAUCACAGAGAAUUUCUCUAGCGAAAGCUCUGAAACACAUGUUAUCUCACCUCUGUCGAGAGAAACCAGAAGCAACGAAGAGAUUUGGGUCAAAAAUAAUAGACCAUCACCACUGGAUACCACAGCCACACAUGACCUGAAUGAAAUUGUUGGACGUAAGGACAUUCAAAUGGUACUGAAUGAUAAGAAAACUGUGAAGAAGAAGAUUUGGGAGAAAAUUGGUGCAGAACUCAAAGAAAAAUACAAUUUUGGAAUAAGGGAUGAAGGAUCUGUUUCACGCUCACAGAAGUGGUGCAACCUUGAAAAUGCUGUGAUGAACUUUUUACAAAAUGCUGAUGCUAGCAGUUCUGGUAACGAAAAAGUGAAAAAACCAGCAUUUUAUGAUGAGGCGUCACCUACACCCACUACCUCCAAAGAGCAACCAGCCACGACUUCGAAUGCUACAAAUUCUGCAAGACAAUCAGCUACCAAUGCAAGGGUUUGUGAAUCUGAAAAUGCAUCAUCAGAUGAAGACGACUUCAAUGAAAGUCCAUUCAAUCAUGUGAAAUCAUCCACCAAACCAAAGAAACCUAGAGUUGACAACAGCUGCAUCCUAAAUUUUUUGAAAAAUGAAGCUGAGGAACGUCGCAAGCAAAAUGAAAGUUUGAUGAAACUGAUGCAAGAUUCCAAUGACACUAAAAAGGUUUUCCUGAGUAUAAUUAUCAAGAUGAUGAGCUCAACCACAAGCUCAAAUAAAAUUUGAGCUAAUUAAAAUUGUGACUUACAAGUAGGCAGCUAACACAGGUACUCUUUCCUUAUAAUUUACAUAUGUCAUUGGUUAACACAAGCAUUAAAUAUGUGAUUUCUUCUAUAUGUGAUCAAUAAUUGUUACAUUUUUGUUUUAUGUUAUCUUUCCAUGAGAAUAUCCCAAGUAAUAAAAAAAUAUUUA